CGAUAAAAUCAGGAACUUGCGCUGGCCCUGCAAUGUCAAGGGAGGGGGCUCACGCAGGGCGCCUGUAGCUCAGGGGCAGGCCCGAGCCCUGCGCCCGCCGAGUCAGUCCAGCCCCUGACGGGGCUUCCCAUCCCAAGGGGCUCCGCACUGGCCCCCACCGAGGCAGGGGACCGGACCGGACCGGAGCUCGGCUGGAUGUUACAGGCGUGCAAAAUGGAAGGGUUUCCCCUCGUCCCCCCUCCAUCGGAAGACCUGGUUCCCUACGACACAGAGCUGUACCAACGCCAAACGCAUGAAUACUACCCCUAUCUCAGCAGCGAUGGAGAGAGCCACAGUGACCACUACUGGGACUUCCACCCGCACCACGUGCACAGCGAGUUCGAGAGCUUCGCGGAGAACCACUUCACGGAGCUGCAGAGCGUGCAGCCCCCGCAGCUGCAGCAGCUCUACCGCCACAUGGAGCUGGAGCAGAUGCACGUGCUGGACACCCCCAUGGCGCCCGUCUCCUACCUACCCCGCAUGUGUCUCCCGUACCCCUCCCUGUCCCCGGCCCAGCCCAGCACGGAUGAGGAGGAGGGCGAGCGGCAGAGCCCCCCGCUGGAGGUGUCCGACGGGGAGGCCGAUGGCCUGGAGCCAGGGCCGGGCCUCCUGCAUGGGGAAACAGGCAGCAAGAAGAAGAUCCGCCUGUACCAGUUCCUGCUCGACCUGCUCCGCAGUGGGGACAUGAAGGACAGCAUCUGGUGGGUGGACAAGGACAAGGGCACCUUCCAGUUCUCGUCCAAGCACAAGGAGGCGCUGGCGCACCGCUGGGGCAUCCAGAAGGGCAACCGGAAGAAGAUGACCUACCAGAAGAUGGCCCGCGCCCUGCGCAACUACGGCAAGACGGGCGAGGUCAAGAAGGUCAAGAAGAAGCUGACCUACCAGUUCAGCGGGGAGGACUCCAGCCCUGGCCCCAAAAGGCACCUGGGGGGUCUGACCCCUGGAGGGGGUCAGCCUGGAUUAGUGCCGCCAGUGGUGGUGGCGAUAAUCACGGCCAUUUAUUACGUGUCAGCCUUGGGACGCGGGGUCCGGUAUCACCCCACGGUACAGACUGGGAAACGGAAGCUCACAGAGGUCAAAUAA